GUGUAUCUAGCCUUAAAGAUAUAGAGAUAAUUCCAGGUGUAUCUAGCCUUAAAGAUAUAGAGAUAAUUCCAGGUGUAUCUAGCCUAAAAGAUAUAGAGAUAAUUCCAGGUGUAUCUAGCCUAAAAGAUAUAGAGAUAAUUCCAGGUGUAUCUAGCCUAAAAGAUAUAGAGAUAAUUCCAGGUGUAUCUAGCCUAAAAGAUAUAGAGAUAAUUCCAGGUGUAUCUAGCCUAAAAGAUAUAGAGAUAAUUCCAGGUGUACCUAGCCUAAAAGAUGUAGAGAUAAUUCCAGGUGUAUCUAGCCUAAAAGAUAUAGAGAUAAUUCCAGGUGUAUCUAGCCUAAAAGAUGUAGAGAUAAUUCCAGCUGUAUCUAGCCUUAAAGAUGUAGAGAUAAUUCCAGGUGUAUCUAGCCUAAAAGAUGUAGAGAUAAUUCCAGCUGUAUCUAGCCUAAAAGAUGUAGAGAUAAUUCCAGGUGUAUCUAGCCUAAAAGAUGUAGAGAUAAUUCCAGGUGUAUCUAGCCUAAAAGAUGUAGAGAUAAUUCCAGGUGUAUCUAGCCUAAAAGAUAUAGAGAUAAUUCCAGGUGUAUCUAGCCUAAAAGAUGUAGAGAUAAUUCCAGGUGUAUCUAGCCUAAAAGAUGUAGAGAUAAUUCCAGGUGUAUCUAGCCUAAAAGAUGUAGAGAUAAUUCCAGGUGUAUCUAGCCUAAAAGAUGUAGAGAUAAUUCCAGGCGUAUCUAGCUUAAAAGAUGUAGAGAUAAUUCCAGGUGUAUCUAGCCUAAAAGAUGUAGAGAUAAUGUUUUCAGAGAAACGGCGGCGGGAUGUUGACCACCUUACUCACUGA